AUGAUGUUAGAUGUAAAAUCAAUAUUCAGUAAUCUACUUCAAGAUGCAUUGAAUGAAAAGAAUAUAAAUAUAGAUAAUGUAAAGACAUCAUUACAACCAAUCAUAGCAACUGAUGUAAUACAAACAACACCAUCUACUCAAUCUGGAUCAAGUACAAGUACAAGUGGUAGCGUAUUAUCAAUGAUUGCACCUGACCUAAGAACAAAUAUUGAAUUAUCAAUUAGACAAUUAUUCAGUGAUGUAUUUAGAUCAAAAUCAAUGAAAAAGGAUGAUAUCAAUAUAACAUUACAACUUGCAAUUGAAAUUGCUGAUUUGGGUUAUAUUGAUUCCUAUUUAAUCGCUCAAUUGGCAGAAGAUCUAUUUGAUAGUAAAAGUAUAAGUGAAUCAAUCGAAUUCUUUUCAUUAUUGGAAUCAAGAGCUGAUUAUUUCUCUCAAGAUCAAUUUAUGGUUUCAAGAACAAAAAAUAUGUUGUUAAAGAUUUGUAUUGAUUUGUUAAAGAGAUUGAGUAAAUCAACCAAUCCAGAUUCAUGUGGACGUAUUCUUAUAUUUUUGGCAUUUAUCUUUCCAUUGUCUGAUCCAUCUGGUUUAAAUCCAAAGAGUUUACAUGCUGUUCAUGGUGAAUUGGAUUUAACAAAUAUUAUGGAUUUUGAAGAAACUUCUCCUGAAGGUAAAGAUAAAGAUAAAGAUAAAUAUAAAACAACAAUUGAUUUAAAUUUCUAUAAACAAUUUUGGGGAUUACAAUCAUAUUUCCAAAAACCAUUCCAAUUAUUUAAUAAUGCAAAUGCAGUCAAUACAGCAGCACUGGCAUUAAACAAAGACAAGUGGAGUCAUUUUAUGGAAUCGAUAGAGGUUGUAUUGACCACCUUUGCAACACACAUUAAUCUCGACGAACUGGCAACCAUGUCAAAGUCUCACUACUUUACCAAAUAUCUCACUAGUAGCAACCUCAUCAAAUUGCAACUCAAAGAUUCAACCUUUAGACGAAACAUCCUAACUCAAUUAUUGAUCACUUUUCAAUUUAUUGAAUUUAAUACUAUUAAAUCUCCAAAUUUAUUAAAUGAUUCUCAAAAACAAUUAUUAACAACAUUGACAAACAAAGCAAAGAAAAUAAUUGAACAGACACAACCAAAUGGAGAACAUUUUAUGAAGAGUUUGGCAUUGAUUUUAAAGAGAGAGACAAAUUGGUUGACUUGGAAGAUGGAUGGUGGAUGCAAGGCGUUUGGAAGGCCCGCCGCACAAUCAAUCGUUGUCAAGAAGCGUAAACUGAGAAAGACAUCGACCAAGGUAAUGAUGGGUACGCAGGAAUUGUCGCGUUUGUGGAACUUGUCGAGUGACAAUACCGAGAGUUUAAAGACAGAGAUCAAGCUCAACGUGAUGGAUUAUAUUGCACCAAUGUACGACGAGAUGAUACAGCAAGAGGAAGCAGCCAAAAAAGAGCAGGAGCGUUUGGCAAGACUCAAAGCAAAAGAGACUAAAAAGCAAGAGGAACGUGAUGCCAAACGUAAAAAACUCGAGCAAAAGAUGCAAGAAGAUAAAAAGGAAGAUGGAGAAGAAGUUGCUGCAGCAGAAGAAGAAGAGGAUGAUGACGAUAAUUUAGACUUUGAUUCCGACGAUCUUGAGGAUCUCGAUGAUCCCAAACCAUUGUUAAAGGACGAUCAAAUGUACAUAUGGAAAACACUCAGACUCAUAUCAAGAAAGAGAUUAGAGGCAUUCAAACAACCAUCACUCAACGAGUUGAUUCAUUCCAUUAAAAAACAAUCUGCUGGUACAUCUUCAUCAUCAACGAGUCAGACAUCAGGGUCUUCAGCCAAAGAAUCAUCUUCAUCAUCACCUUCUACUUUAUCCUCUUCAACUCCAACAACAACAACAAUCGUACCACCUUUACAAACAAAUGAAAAGGAAAAGGAAAAGGAAAAAGAAACAACAAUACAACCAGUACAAGAUAUUACAAUGAAGGAUUAA